GGGGCUUCCAGGGAGGGGCCGCAGGGCGGGACCUCGGGGACCCCGCCAGCCCGCGCACUCGGCUGGAUCUACAGCUGCCGCCAUCCGAUUCCUCAAGGUCUCACCGCUUCCUCAGCAGAGACCCGGGCUCGGCCGCCAUGUCCGCCGUAGACGAGGUUGCGGCCCGGCCGCACUAUGGCUCUGUCCUGGAUAAUGAGAGACUCACUGCAGAGGAGAUGGAUGAAAGGAGACGACAGAAUGUGGCUUAUGAGUACCUUUGUCAUUUAGAAGAAGCAAAGAGGUGGAUGGAAGCGUGCCUAGGGGAGGACCUGCCACCAACCACGGAACUAGAAGAGGGGCUUAGGAACGGGGUCUACCUUGCCAAACUAGGGAAUUUUUUCUCUCCCAAAGUGGUAUCCCUGAAAAAAAUCUAUGACCGAGAGCAAACCAGAUACAGGGCAACGGGCCUUCACUUCAGACACACUGAUAAUGUGAUUCAGUGGUUGAAUGCCAUGGAUGACAUUGGAUUACCUAAGAUUUUUUACCCAGAAACCACAGAUAUCUAUGAUCGAAAGAACAUGCCAAGAUGUAUAUACUGUAUCCAUGCACUCAGUUUGUACCUGUUCAAACUGGGUCUGGCUCCUCAGAUCCAAGACCUGUAUGGAAAGGUUGACUUCACAGAAGAAGAAAUCAACAACAUGAAAAUUGAGCUGGAGAAGUAUGGGAUCCAGAUGCCCGCCUUCAGCAAGAUCGGGGGCAUCCUGGCCAAUGAGCUCUCCGUGGAUGAAGCUGCAUUACAUGCUGCUGUUAUUGCUAUUAAUGAAGCUAUUGACCAUAGAAUUCCAGCCGACACAUUUACAGCUUUGAAAAACCCCAACGCCAUGCUCGUAAAUCUUGAAGAACCCCUGGCUUCCACUUACCAAGAUAUACUUUACCAGGCCAAACAGGACAAAAUGACAAAUGCUAAAAACAGGACAGAAAACUCUGAGAGAGAAAGGGACGUGUAUGAGGAGCUGCUCACACAAGCUGAAAUUCAAGGCAAUGUAAACAAAGUGAACACACUUUCUGCAUUAGCAAAUGUCGACCUGGCUUUAGAUCAGGGAUCCACUGUGGCCUUGUUGAAGGCACUGCAGUCCCCAGCCCUGGGUCUCCGAGGGCUGCAGCAACAGAAUAGUGACUGGUACCUCAAGCAGCUCCUGAGCGACAAGCAGCAGAAGCAGCAGAGUGGUCAGCUUGAACCCCUGCAGAAGGAGGAGCUGCAGGCCGGAGUGGAUGCUGCCAACUGCGCUGCCCAGCAAUAUCAGAGAAGGUUGGCAGCAGUGGCAGCAAUUAAUGCUGCAAUCCAGAAGGGUGUUGCUGAGAAGACUGUUUUGGAGCUCAUGAACCCUGAAGCCCAGCUGCCCCAGGUGUACCCAUUUGCUGCUGAUCUCUAUCAGAAGGAGCUGGCUACCCUGCAACAGCAGAGUCCUGAACAUAGCCUCACCCAUCCGGAGCUCUCUGUUGCUGUGGAGAUGCUAUCAUCAGUGGCUCUCAUCAACAGGGCACUUGAAUCAGGGGACAUGAAUACAGUGUGGAAGCAACUGAGCAGCUCGGUCACAGGCCUGACCAACAUCGAGGAGGAAAACUGUCAGAGGUAUCUUGAUGAGCUGAUGAAGCUGAAAGCUCAGGCACAUGGAGAGAAUAAUGAAUUUAUUACCUGGAAUGACAUCCAGGCUUGUGUGGACCAGGUGAACCUGGUGGUGCAAGAAGAACAUGAGCGGAUUUUGGCCAUUGGUUUAAUUAAUGAAGCUCUGGAUGAAGGUGAUGCCCAGAAGACCCUGCAGGCCCUGCAGAUUCCUGCAGCCAAGCUUGAGGGUGUCCUUGCAGAGGUGGCCCAGCAUUACCAGGAUAUGCUGAUCAGAGCCAAGAGAGAGAAGGCCCAGGAAACCCAGGAUGAGUCAGCUGUGUUAUGGUUGGAUGAAAUCCAAGGUGGAGUCUGGCAGUCCAACAAAGACACCCAGGAAGCCCAGAGAUUUGCUUUAGGAAUCUUUGCCAUUAAUGAGGCAGUUGAAAGUAGUGAUAUUGGUAAAACCCUGAGUGCCCUUCGUUCUCCUGAUGUGGGCUUAUAUGGAGUCAUCCCUGAGUGUGGCGAAACUUACCAGAAUGACCUUGCCGAAGCCAAGAAGAAAAAACUGGGAGCAGAUAAUAACAGCAAGUGGGUAAAGCACUGGGUGAAAGGUGGAUAUUAUUAUUACUACAAUCUGGAGACCCAAGAAGGAGGAUGGGAUGAACCCCCAGACUUUGUGCAGAAUUCUAUGCAGCUUUCACGGGAAGAGAUUCAGAGUUCCAUCUCUGGGGUGACAGCAGCGUAUAACCGAGAACAGCUUUGGUUGGCCAACGAAGGCUUGAUCACUAAGCUGCAGGCUUGCUGCCGUGGGUACCUGGUCCGACAGGAAUUCCGCUCCCGGAUGAAUUUCCUGAAGAAACAGAUCCCUGCCAUCACCUGCAUUCAGUCACAAUGGAGAGGAUACAAGCAGAAGAAGGAAUAUCAAGACCGGUUAGCUUACCUGCGUGCCCAUAAAGAUGAAGUUGUGAAGAUUCAGUCCCUGGCAAGGAUGCAUCAAGCUAGGAAGCGCUACAGAGAUCGCCUGCAGUAUUUCCGAGACCAUAUAAAUGACAUUAUCAAAAUCCAGGCCUUUAUUCGGGCAAACAAAGCUCGUGACGACUACAAGACUCUGAUCAAUGCUGAGGAUCCACCUAUGCUUGUGGUCCGAAAGUUUGUCCACCUGCUGGACCAGAGUGACCAGGAUUUCCAAGAGGAGCUUGACCUCAUGAAGAUGCGAGAAGAGGUCAUCACCCUCAUUCGUUCCAACCAGCAGUUGGAGAAUGACCUCAACCUCAUGGAUAUCAAAAUUGGACUGCUGGUGAAAAACAAAAUCACACUGCAGGAUGUGGUUUCCCACAGUAAAAAGCUUACCAAAAAAAAUAAGGAACAGCUAUCUGAUAUGAUGAUGAUAAACAAGCAGAAAGGGGGCCUCAAGGCCUUGAGUAAGGAGAAGAGAGAGAAGCUGGAAGCUUACCAGCACCUGUUUUAUCUGUUGCAGACCAAUCCCACCUAUCUGGCCAAGCUGAUUUUUCAGAUGCCCCAGAACAAGUCCACCAAGUUCAUGGACUCUGUGAUCUUCACACUCUACAACUACGCCUCCAACCAGCGUGAGGAAUACCUGCUACUGAGGCUCUUUAAGACAGCGCUGCAGGAGGAGAUCAAGUCAAAGGUAGAUCAGAUUCAAGAGAUUGUGACAGGCAAUCCAACAGUCAUCAAGAUGGUUGUGAGUUUCAACCGAGGUGCCCGGGGCCAGAAUGCCCUGAGACAGAUCCUGGCCCCUGUCGUGAAAGAGAUUAUGGAUGACAAAUCUCUCAACAUCAAAACUGACCCUGUGGAUAUUUACAAAGCUUGGGUUAAUCAGAUGGAAUCUCAGACAGGAGAGGCCAGCAAACUGCCCUAUGAUGUGACCCCUGAGCAGGCUCUGGCUCACGAGGAAGUGAAGACUCGACUGGACAACUCCAUCAGGAACAUGAGGGCCGUGACAGACAAAUUCCUCUCCGCCAUCAUCAGCUCUGUGGACAAAAUCCCUUACGGAAUGCGCUUCAUUGCCAAGGUGCUGAAGGACUCCUUGCAUGAGAAGUUCCCAGAUGCUGGUGAGGACGAGCUGCUAAAGAUUAUCGGUAACUUGCUCUACUACCGAUACAUGAACCCAGCUAUUGUUGCCCCUGAUGCCUUUGACAUCAUCGACCUGUCAGCAGGAGGCCAGCUGACUACAGACCAGCGCCGCAAUCUGGGCUCCAUUGCAAAGAUGCUGCAGCACGCAGCUUCCAAUAAGAUGUUUCUGGGAGAUAAUGCCCACUUAAGCAUCAUUAAUGAAUACCUUUCCCAGUCUUACCAGAAAUUCAGACGGUUUUUCCAAACUGCUUGUGAUGUCCCAGAGCUUCAGGAUAAAUUUAAUGUGGAUGAGUAUUCAGAUUUAGUAACCCUCACCAAACCAGUUAUCUACAUUUCCAUUGGUGAAAUCAUCAACACCCACACUCUCCUGUUGGACCACCAGGAUGCCAUUGCUCCAGAGCACAACGACCCCAUCCACGAGCUGUUGGAUGACCUGGGAGAGGUGCCCACCAUCGAGUCCCUGAUAGGGGAAAGCUCGGGGAGUUUAAAUGACCCAAACAAGGAGGCACUAGCCAAGACAGAAGUGUCUCUCACGCUUACCAACAAGUUUGAUGUGCCUGGAGACGAGAAUGCAGAAAUGGAUGCUCGGACCAUCUUACUGAACACAAAGCGGUUAAUUGUGGAUGUCAUCCGCUUCCAGCCAGGGGAGACCUUGACUGAAAUCUUGGAAACACCAGCCUCCAGUGAACAGGAAGCAGAGCAUCAGCGGGUCAUGCAGAGACGCGCCAUCCGGGAUGCCAAAACUCCCGACAAGAUGAAGAAGUCCACAUCUGCAAAGGAAGACAACAACCUCUCUCUCCAGGAGAAGAAGGAGAAGAUCCAGACUGGCUUAAAGAAGCUCACAGAGCUUGGGACUGUGGACCCAAAGAACAGAUACCAGGAGCUGAUCAACGACAUUGCUAGGGAUAUCCGGAAUCAGCGGAGAUACCGACAGAGGAGAAAAGCUGAACUUGUGAAGUUGCAGCAGACCUUUGCUGCUCUGAACUCUAAGGCCACCUUUUAUGGGGAGCAGGUGGAUUACUAUAAAAGCUACAUCAAAACCUGCUUGGAUAACUUAGCUAGCAAGGGCAAGGUCUCCAAAAAGCCUCGGGAAAUGAAAGGAAAGAAAAGCAAGAAGAUUUCUCUGAAAUACACGGCAGCAAGACUGCAUGAGAAAGGAGUGCUUCUGGAAAUCGAGGACCUGCAAGUGAAUCAGUUUAAAAAUGUUAUCUUUGAAAUUGGUCCAACAGAAGAAGUUGGAGACUUUGAAGUGAAAGCCAAAUUCAUGGGAGUUCAGAUGGAGACCUUUAUGUUACAUUAUCAGGACCUGCUGCAGCUACAGUAUGAAGGUGUUGCAGUCAUGAAGUUAUUUGAUAGAGCUAAAGUAAAUGUCAACCUCCUGAUCUUCCUGCUCAACAAAAAGUUCUAUGGGAAGUAAUUGAUCAUUUGCUGCCAGCCCAGAAGGACAGAGGGAAGAACCUCUUAGAGCCCCUUCUGGGAUCUCUCUUUGCUCACUGGAAGCCAGCACCAGCACAUAAUGAUGCCUCAGUCUGAUGCCUCCCAGCACCUCAUUUUAACUCCUGUCUCUGGUGGGACAUUCGCCGCCCUCUUUUCACAGUGAAAUUGUGUUUUGGGCUUAGUCGACCUUCUGGUGCCUUCAUUUUUCUCAUACUUAGGAAAAAAUGGAAACCCCACCAAAAUCCUCUGUGAUUGCAGCCUUUGAAGCAGUUUUGCUGGCCUGUAAGCUUUGAUGUUUGUUUUACUCAGCAACAAGGACAGUGGAAUUCAAAUUCUCAUCACUUUGAAGUGGGCACUCUUAGCAGCAACAUGGACACAUAAUAAAAUGUCAGGUUAGCAGUGGUUACUCAGUUGUCCUCUGGAAGUGAACCUCCUUUAUAUUUCUGUCCCAUCACUAAAGUCAGAAGAUAUAGCAGAUGGUUGAUUCUCACUAUUCUGUUUUCCUUUGUGGGAAGCAGCUAAUGUAAGUCACUGUAUUCCGCUAUUGAAAUGAAGCAGUUUUAGAGGGGGGAAAAAAAGAGAUAGCAUUUUUAAAAUUUCACCAUCAGAUUUGGGCAAUGGUGUUAGUGUGACACCCCCAGCAGUGCACGAGAAUGGCCCAGUGAUCUUGUUGAGCUGGUUUCGUGGAUUGGCAUAGGACUGGGUGCCUGCCUGUUUCUAGAGAUUAACUCCAUUGAAGGACACGGCCCACCCAUCACUGCAGUAAAGCACUGGGCCUUAGGGUAGAAUAUAACGGUUCUCAAGUCUGUUCUGUGUCUUAAGAUUGCCUUAUAAAAGCAUAGAUUUAUUUCUUAAAAUGUGAUAGAAAUUUUAAAGAUUUAUGUAAUGCUUCAAAAGCCUUUAGAAUAUUUUGAGAAAAAAGUUUAAAAAUUGGUUUAUCUGUAUAUUUGAACUCUUGAAACUUUCUUAGUCCUGAAACACUAGGAUCUAUCUGCAGAAUUGCAGAAAGAAUCCUGCCUUAAAUAGCUAAAACAAAAACAGCCAACCGGUGUUAUACUUGACAUUAAAAUCAAAAUUUCUUCCUGUUUCUUUUUUCUUGCUGCCCAUAUUUGUGCCUUUAUUUUAUGAACCUAAAUUUUCUAGGCUUCAUCAAAGACAGUUUAGUUCUAAAUGUUGAAUUUAGAAAGCUUUUGUUCUUGGAAAAAGUAAUAAACUUUUUUUUAAAAAUCUGUUUAUCCAGGAAAAUAGAUUGAAAUCAUGCCACUGAACCUCCAUUUUCUCUGAUGUUUUGGUUCAGUAUUCUUUUAUCAUAAAACUUUAAAAUCUAGAAUUUAAAAAUGUACUGAUAUAUUUAAGGCCAAUAAACUUUUAAUUAAUAAUGAACCAUGUGGUGCAUCCCUGUUAAACAACCGCAAGUCUUGGAGAAAUGGCUUUCGUCUGCAUAUCCUGAUGUGGGUGCAGGCCACAGAAAGGAGCCUGUGGCACUACCCUGACCUUGGUUUUGUUGUGUUUGGGAAAACAAUUUUUUUAAUAAACAUUUCCCCAUCAUCAACUCAAAAACCGGUACUAACAAAAGUAUGUAAACCCUUUUCCUCAAAAGAGUACACCCAUCCCAAAUGCUUGUCCCCAGCGCCACCUCCAAGUUGGUAAUGACCAAAGUUUACAACUCCUUUAAUAGAAUAGGGUGUUUCAGUUACUUGUCAGGAUUAUACUGCCCUGAACACAAUUUCUAAUGCAAAAUAGCCUCAAAAGAACGUUAAGAAGUUUGAUGAUAACCCUAUAAAAUUAGAGAUUGCCCCAACAGGCACUGAAGCCUGUCGAGCCAUAUUUGUCAGCUGUCCUGUUCUGUCUCAUCCUCUCCUCCUCUGACCUUCUCUGUGAUCAGCCAUCCUGACAUUUACCAUGAAUUUACUUCCUCCCAAGGAUUCAACUACCCCUCAGGUUGUUCCUACACACAAUUGUCUUUGUAUCUCUGGAUGAAAUAAAAGGUCAUUUGUUCCUGUG